AAUAUUUGGAUGGCAAAAAAUUGGAUAUUUAUGUUUCGCAUAUCAACAAACAAACAUCAUUCUUUCAUAUAUCAAUAUUCUAAAUAUAGAGAUUUUUAUUUCAUUAAUUUAAUUACAUCAAAUCAUUUUCAGUGUGUGUGUGUGUAAAUAUUCAUAUGACUUAUGCUAAUAUGAAAAAGAAAUAUCCGUAAUAUAUCUCUUGUCCCGUGUAAAUAAUAAUAAUUACAUACAUGAAUAGUGAAUUAACGUCAACAACGUUUAUAUGAUAAACAUCGGAAAUGAAUCUUUCGUUACUUUUUCACAAAAGACGCAGGUGUCGGUGUGGAAUUCUACUGUUGAUAAAUGCCUAUAAAUAUCGGACAUUAUUUUCUGGCCUGUUUGGAUUUUUAUUUUUCGGCUAAACCAAAACGUUUUGUUCAUUUUUUAUCAUCAACAUAAUAAUGAUAAUGGCUACGAAUAAUUAUCAAUCAAUGAUGAUGACAAUUUAUUUUGGUUUGAUUUGUUCAUCGUUUCUAUUCACAUUGAUGGCGGAUGCAUCGCCAUUUUAUGGUAGUUUGAGUGAUAAUGAUGGUGGAAUCAUAUUCACUGGUGUUGGUGGUGAAGAAUUGCCACGAAUCAUUAACAACAAUAAUAAUCCAGAUGUUUUACGCAAAAUUUCAUUUAGUAAGCUCAGAUGAUUAUCUAAAUCCAUCAAUGUUACAUUCAGGGUGGCUUAUACCAUCAUGGCUAAUUGAACAAUCAUUACCAUUAACAUCAUUUAGUCAGAUUAAAAGAGACUUGAGUAAAAAACAUAAAAGUCGAGAUAUAUUACGUGGAUUAGCAGUUAAACGAAAUCAAAUGAUUGAUCCAUCAUCAUCGUCAUCGUCAAUUUAUCCAUCAUCAACACAGACAAAAGGAAAUAAAUAUUAA